ACCUUCCUUUUUAGAAAGAAUUCCCUUCCUAUCCUCUACCUAAUUUCCUAUAUCUUAACCUAUAUAAUCCGUAAUAAUAUAAUUCUUAUUAAUAGCUAUAUGUCUCCCGAGCCCUUUUUUACUAUAAACCUAAGAAAUCAGAAUAUAAAGGUAAUAAAGAUCUAUUAG